ACCCUCCAACUCCCGGGCGGGGGAACGUUAAGCCUUACAGACCCGAAUUCACUGGUAGAGUGUCAUCGGGCAUCUCGCCUGCAGGGAUCGCACUGAGUUUGGGCCGCUGGGCUGGCCCGUAGUAGUACUGGGUUGGAUUUUGCAAACACUCGGUUGUCUCGAGUGAGCAGAGUUGCCCUUGGUUGGUUGUCGGAAUCUCCGAAGUCUCUUAGCCCUCUGCUCCUCAACUUGAACUCCGUGUCGCCCUAGCACUGACCGCCAAUCCCGAUACCCUUGCACCGGGGAGUUUUUUAUUGUGAUUGCAUCAUGGAAAACAAUUUGGCAAAAUCAACUGAAGAGCGAACUUUUCAGUACCAGGAUUCUCUUCCACCUCUGCCUGUUCCUUCACUUGAAGAAUCAUUAAGGAAGUACCUAGAAGCUGUAAAGCCAUUUUCAAGUGAAGAAGAAUUUAAGAAAACUGAAGAAAUUGUCAAAAAAUUUCAAAAUGGGAUUGGAAGAAAAUUGCAUCAGAAAUUACUUGAAAAGGCAAAAGGAAAAAGAAAUUGGCUGGAAGAAUGGUGGCUGAAUGUUGCCUACCUGGAUGUUCGCAUGCCUUCACAACUGAAUGUCAACUUUGCGGGUCCUGCUGCCCAUAUUGAACAUUAUUGGUCUCCAAAAGAAGGCACUCAGUUAGAAAGAGGAAGUAUAUGUCUUUGGCACAACUUGAACUAUUGGCAACUACUAAGAACAGAAAAAAUACCUAUUCACAAAGUUGGAAGUACUCCUCUGGAUAUGAAUCAAUUCCGUAUGCUGUUUUCCACCUGCAAGAUACCAGGAAUAACUAGAGAUUCCGUUGAGAAUUAUUUUAAGACAGAGAGUGAAGGACGUUCUCCAACUCACGUUGUAAUUCUGUGUCGAGGUCGAAUUUUCCUCUUUGAUGUACUAUGUGAAGGAAGUUUGAUCACCCCACCAGAGAUACUCAGGCAAUUUAAAUAUAUCUACCAGAAGUGCCAGAGUGAACCUAAUGGGCCUGGAAUACCAGCAUUAACUAGUGAAGAGCGAACUCAAUGGGCAAAGGCACGAGAAUAUUUGAUUAGUCUUGAUCCAGAGAAUUUGACAAAGUUAGAAAAAAUUCAAACUAGUUUACUGGUGUUUUCCUUGGAGGAGAGCAGUCCACAAGUAACACCAGAAGACUAUUCUCAGGCAACUGCAAUGACCCUUAUUGGAGAUCCAACAGUACGCUGGGGUGACAAAUCCUAUAACAUGAUUUCCUUUUCUAAUGGAGUUUUUGGUUGUAGCUGUGAUCAUGCUCCUUAUGAUGCAAUGGUUAUGGUCAAUGUCAGCCAUUAUGUCGAUGAGAGGAUUUUGGAGAAUGAAGGAAAAUGGAAGGGUUCAGAAAAAGUGCGGGAUAUGCCACUUCCAGAGGAGCUUGUUUUCACUGUGGAUGGAAAAAUAUUAAAUGAUAUCAGCAAUGCUAAAGCUCAAUAUUUAAAACAGGCAUCUGACCUGCAGAUUGUGUCGUGUGCCUUUACAUCCUUUGGAAAAAAGGUAACCAAGAAGCACAAGCUUCACCCUGACACAUUUGUUCAACUUGCACUUCAGCUGGCCUAUUUCAGACUUCAUGGACGUCCUGGUUGCUGCUAUGAAACAGCUAUGACAAGAUAUUUUUAUCACGGUCGCACAGAGACUGUGCGAUCAUGCACAAUGGAAGCAGUCAGAUGGUGCGAGUCUAUGCAUGAUCCUUCUACCAGCCUUGUUGAGCGGCAACAAAUGAUGCUAAAAGCUUUUGCAAAACAUAAUAAAAUGAUGAAAGAUUGUUCAGCUGGAAAAGGGUUUGACCGUCAUCUUUUAGGUUUAUUACUCAUAGCAAAGGAGGAAGGGAUCCCAGUUCCAGAACUCUAUACAGACCCACUUUUCUCCAAAAGUGGUGGAGGUGGAAACUUUGUUCUCUCAACAAGUCUUAUUGGUUAUUUAAGAGUGCAGGGAUUGGUGGUCCCCAUGGUACACAAUGGGUAUGGAUUUUUCUACAACAUCAGAGAUGACAGGAUUAUUGUAUCAUGUUCAGCCUGGAAAUCAUGUCCAGAGACUGAUGCAGAGAAGCUGGUUCUGCAGAUAUUUUACGCUUUCCAAGAUAUGAUACAUCUGAUGAACAACGCUCAUCUUUAGAAAUUAAUCACUAUUAAAUGUUUCACUACAUGCUGGGAGUGGGUUAGUGAUGUAAGAUAGGAAGAAAUGUUAAUUAAAAGGUAACUUGUUAAAAGUAGACAUCAGUAGGAUCCUAUGCUCUAAAUUUAUACUGACAUCGAAGGUAGAAAUGUUUUGAAACUUCCUUUGUCGUUGCUGAAAAUUACGAAGCAAAUCUAGAACUAUGCAAAGUUUGAGAGCCUCAACAAUGCAAAUCUGCAAUUUAAAAUAAUGCAGGUUUUUAGUUUUUAGAAUAUUUUUGCUGGCACUUGUAUAGUCUAUAAAUUCUCUCUCAAAAUCAUUAUCUUUCAAGCACUUUAACAUUUUCUAGUUGCCAAAGGUUAUGGAAUAUAAAAUUAAAUGAUAAUUUCCCAAAACAAUGUCUUCUGUCUUCACCCAGAAAUAUAAGCUUAUUAUGUUUGAAAAAGAUCACCAUAAUUUAAUGGUGCUCUAAAAAUAGUUCAUGGAAUAAAGAGAAGAAUGAAUGUGUAGAGUGGGGUUUACACUGUCUGACAACAAAAAAAAUCCUUAACAAAAGCCAUUAUAUUGUAAUUAGUUUGAGUGUAAAGAUAAGCACAUACUUAAAGUUAAUGAGUUUAUGAAAUGAUUAAAUGUUGACUCUGUCUCAGGACUUUAAUUUUAUUUUCUCCCCUCUGUACAAUUUUGUAGUUUCUUUCAGAAAAUAAAAUCCCCCAAAUCAUGUA